UGAAAGUGGACAUCUUUUAUUGGAGGCCGUGAUUUGACAUGCAGUCGAUGCCCUGGUAUUUCUGGUUUGGACUCUCUCUAGGACUGGUACUGAUGGUUGCCCUCAUCCUCUACUGUCGACAGAGAAAAAUAAAGGCCAGGCUUCCGAAAGUUUCUACCACAACAGUUCACGCUGUUGGAAUAUCAUUCACUGAGCAUCCAAAGGGAGCCUUUGUUCACCCUCGUCGAGAGGAAAAUGUGCUCAUACCGAGUGUCACGUUCCCCUGCCGAGACGCCUGUAAUCCGCUAGAGGACGCCAUUGCACCGGGCAGUACAGGACACCACUGGAAGAAGACGAGCCCUCACAUCACCAGACUUUGAUUCAAAUACUUUGCUCGUCUUUCCUGUUAUUUAUCAAACGUUCAAGAGUUUUGCAUACGCCUACGUUAAAACGCUAAGAGAUUUCUAUAUGAUUGAAGGUCUCCGGAUUGUACAAAAUAUGUUGUUUCGCUACAUGAAAUGAUUUAAAUUUCAUUAUAACGGUCUAUUUGUCGCUAAAGGUGACAACUUGUAUAAUUUGCGGGUUACUCCUAUCUUUUUGCUCGCUCUAAUUACAAUAA